AUGUCAGAAUCGACGUCCAUCGAAGAGCAAACGACGAAUGAUGCAAUAACUACAAACGAACAACCGAGGAAAUAUCUUCGUAGGAACAAUGAUGUCAGCAUAGGCGUCACAACUCGUUCUCGACAACGUGAACAAGAUCAGAAAGGUAAAGAUUCUGAAUCCAUGCCAACCGAUCAAACAAUGCCAGAGACUACAUCGCCCACAGAACAAUGCGCUAUAUGUAUGGAGAAUUUUGCUAGACAAGAAGUUGGUAUUCCAGAAAACUGUGAACAUACAUUCUGUUUGGCUUGUAUUAUUGAAUGGGCUAAAAAAAACAAUUCAUGUCCAAUUGACCGUAAAGUUUUCCGAAAGAUAUUUAAAAAGCAUUCAUUCACUAGUCCAAACCCAUACGAUACAAUGAAAGUUCAGGAUAAUCGUUUAGAAUUACAGUUAGAAGACAAUUUUCUUGAAAUGAUCGACGACGACAUCACAUGUCGUGUUUGUGGUCGUGACGACCAAGAAGAUCUUUUAUUAAUCUGUGAUGAAUGUGGAAAUGGUUAUCAUACAUUUUGUCUGGAAUUACCAGGCGUUCCUGACACACCUGAAUGGAUGUGUCCAUUAUGUGAAGUGGAUCGAUUGUCGGCAACCGAAGAUCUGUACGAUGAUAGUGAUCUCGAAGAACUUCAACAAAUUCUUUUUGAUGAUACUAUGAACACAACUGAUACAGAACCUACUGAUACAACUACGCCUGUUAGACAGCCAAGAGUACGACAGACAGCACGUAUGAGGACAGGUGGUGUGCGCAAUCAACGUACAGCAUCACCAAACGCAAGAUCACGACAUCGGCCAUCGCAGCGAAGACGACGACGUGCAUCCGCUCCAAGACGACAAACUCCAUUGCAGCAACAACGGCAACGCCAAAGACGUCAACAAACAGCUUUGAAUAAUGUCACUCGACGAAUAGAAAGAGUUAAUGCAAUAACAAGAAAUGAUUCCGUUUCGAGCGGUUCAUCCAACGCAAGAAGUGGAACUGAAACAUCAAGAUUAUCAAUUUUUGAUGGUGAACCUGUUGCCCUAGACGAAGAGUCAUCUUCAACCUCGUCAACAAAUCGAGCGAUUAUCACUCCAAGUGAAGCUGCUCGUCGAAUAGCUGCUAGCGGCAUUCCAAUAUUGACGCGUACACAAACAGAACCUUCUAUUAGCAGACAAUUGAGUAUGCGACGAAUGACUCCAUCACUCGAUCGUAUACCUACGCGAACAAUUCGUCCGCCAUUGGUGCCUCAAGCACGAGUGCCUGUUUCUCAACUGCCACGUAUUCAACGUCGUGCUAAUACGUCAACCCGGGAACGUCAAGUAACUGCAACAAUGACAUCAGCAACUAACAAUGAUAACACUACUAAUACUUCUACACAAACAACAAAUGUGUCCUUUCUUGAUAAUUUAAUUCAUUCUCAAGAACGUCUUCACAGUCUACAAAAUAUGUCAGUUCAGGAACAAUAUGCUCGUUAUGGUACUCCUGAACAAAAUCCAUCGUCAUCUUUAGUUGUCAACCGAGGCAAUGAACCUUAUGAUCCGCAUUCCAACGAUGAAGGUGAUGAUGAUGAUGACGAUGAUGAACAGUCAAUCAACACUCAACAACAACACUCUGACUCGAUUCGAACGAACAAUGGAAUUCCAUCACGUCGGAUCGUCGUGCUUUCGAAAUCGAAUCCAUCGUCCAGUUCUGAUAAAUCUUUAUCAAUGACAUCAAAUGAACAAGCAACAAGACGUCGAAGUAAAAGUCCUGAAGAUUAUCACAGAAAACAUUCAGAUCGCCGAUCGAGAUCGCCACAUCAUCGCAAUCAUCAUUCUUCCGACCGCAAGCGCCUUCACACGUCGUCUCCAAAUACAUCUACACAUAAUACAGUGACUAAUGAUGAUCUAUCCGAUACUGAAGCAAUCUCAUCGUCAAAAUAUCGAAAGAGUUCUCGAAAUGACAAUCGAGCUGAUUCAAAACAGCAACAUCGAGAACGAGUAUUUGUUAGUUCUUCGUCGUCGAAACUUCCAUCAACAUCCAAUAAACACGAUAGUUACUCCAAUCAUCGUUCUUCGAAAAGAGAUGAUUAUCAUUCGCAUCGUAAUGAUUCAUCGCGUAAUUAUCAUUCACAUUCAUCAUCAAAGUAUUCUUCUCGUGAUCAUUCAUCGUCAUUACUUUCGUAUCAAUCAUCCAAUGAACGCCGGACACUUAGUUCCAAAGUUUCUGAUGCACCUCGCGUCUGCUUAACGACGUCUGUAUCUGAUGAAUAUUCAGCUCGCAGUUACACUGAAUCAAGUCAACGAUGUUCAUCAACAGAAAAACGUAAGCAUGGAUAUAACCACUCAGGGACAUUAUCUCCAAGGAAAUCAAAUGCUCGUACGGGCUAUCGAAAGGAAACAUCACACAUGAAAUCAGCUUACAUUGAGACAGAAAGACGAUAUCGACCCUCACCGAGUGCAGUUCUUCCUGGGAGGUCUCGAAAAACUGAGCAGAGAUUCGCACAAACGUCUCCUGAAACGAAACUAGAGCCAGUCAAACCAUCAGUCAAUUCAACUGUUUCUUCUAAAGUUGAAUCAACUAGUAUUAACGGUUCGUCGAAGUCAACCGGAGCACCGAAAACUAAUGGAAGUGCACAUAGUAAUGUACCUUUAAAAGAAGGGCUACUUGACAAGAACGAAGAAUGGAAACCAAAGCCCGACAAAUCUGUUGAUCUCGAUAGUUUAACUCUACUUGACACGUCAGCUAAACAAGUUGAUACGAAAGAAGAGUCAGUAAAAACUGAAAUGACGAUGACUACAGCACUCACAGCACCGGUCGCAUCACUACCGACUACAACAACUGCAACCGCGACAGUGACAACGACUGUGACAUCGGUGGCAAAUAUAGCACCAACUUCGUCUUCGACACCGUCACCAACAAAAAAACCAUAUACCUUGUACAAAGUUCCACAUACAAAUCAUAUGACUCCUCCGUUAUCUUCAAGACAUAAGAAACAAGCUCUAAAACAGUCAUCAAAUACUUCAGCUAACUCAACAAACAACACUACCGCUACUACUGCUGUUGCUACUACUACGACUACGACUACGACUACUACGACGACGACUACUACAAAUUCAACAACCGAUAAUAAUUCUCGCACGUCUCUCGAUGAGCGGAUAUCAACCAUGUUGGGUGGGUCAACAGAUUCUUCCAAUAAUAAAUCAUCAAGUUCAACAAAUGAUCACAAUUCAGAUUCUCAAGCUACCCUUCCUGUUCCAACAAUAACAACACCGAGUGACAAAAGUACAGAUAGUCCUCAAGAUGUGAACUUGCUAAUUUCGGCAACAGUCAAAAAAGGACAUGAAUCGAAGUCGCUCACUAAGCAGUUUCAUCUUCCUGACGAGCGACGUUCGACAACAUCAAAACACUACACGUCUGAAUGGCUUGCUUCACAGAAGCCGGAAGAAGCUCAACCAGAAGAUUUAUCAAUUCCUACGUCACUUAAAUUACCAACCUUAAUUUCAAGUCAGUCAUCCAUUACGACUGGCUCAGGCGAAACAACCAUGUAUGAAAAGCUUUCCGAAGCCAUGACGAAAUUACUUCAUAAAAAAGUUGAUCCUAAUGCAACAACUACUGAAACAACUGAAGAAGCAGUGCCAAUAUCUGCCAAGCAUCUCGAACGGCUAGAGCGAAGAAAAGAACGCAAAAAACGCCAAACUGAAAUUGCAAUCAUCGCUAAAGAAGCUCUCAAACCCGCAUUCAAAAAACGUGGUAUUACAAAGGAAGAGUAUAAGAUCAUCAUGAAAAAAGUAGUAACUAAAGCAACAGAUGCAAAUGAAGUCGAUCAAACACGAAUUAAAAAAAUGAUUCAUGGCUAUGUGACUAAAUAUCGUACUGAGCACGAACGAAAUACCCCCAAACACUCGAAAGUUUCGAAUGGGAAUGGUUUAUAA